UCCUCUUCUUCCAUCUACCACCACAAUAACCGACCACUGCCAAAUUGCCAAUCUCGCCUCUUUCUUCCCUCAGCCAUCGCCAUUAAUGCUGCCUCUAACCCCUCUUUAAUCCAUAGCCACGUCUGUCCCGUUCCCAUCUAAUUCUUCGACCUCCACAGACCUAGACUAAUAUCAAAAACCCAAACCCACCAUUAGACCUAUCAAAUUUGCUAUGAACAUAUCUUAAAAUUCUGAGAUACAGGUGGAGAGGUUUAUUGUCUUCUUCAUCUCCUUCCCCUUCUCUGCCUCGUUUCCUCUCCAAAACCUAACUCAUCCCUAAUCCAACUCUAAUUUGCUAAGUGAUUGAGUUCACCGGCGGUAGAAGAAUCCGGCAACAAAUAUCUAGUUUGAGACUGUCUGAUGGGCCGCUUUGGAAAGGAGAGAGGAGAGAUGUAAUUAUAUGUGCUCAAUCCUUUGGCUUUUUAAUGAGGUGGUCCUCUCUCUCUCCCACUCCUCUCUGCUGUUCCCACACCACCACCCAACCCAGCGACCACCCUCCAGCCGUUGUCAACGCCAUUUCCGAAAACCCCAGCGACCACAAGGACGCUGCCCACGAUUUAAACACUGCCCACGAUUUAAACAGGCCGUAAAUGAAGUCCGCAAAUGUCCACGUUAAAAAAUAGCAGCAAGAGAUGCCUGCAACUGUUAGAGAUGUGUAAGAACAUGGAGCACUUGAAGCAAUCUCAUGCACAGGCCAUCACAUGUGGGCUCGGAGACAACAGCUUUGCCCUGAGCAGGCUGUUGGCUUUCUGCUCCAACCCACUCCACGGCAGCCCAUCCUACGGAUGGAAAGUCUUCCAACGCAUUCAGCACCCCACAAUCUGCAUCUGCAACACAAUGAUCAAAGCUUUCUUGCUGAACGGGGAACCGAUAAAGAUCAUACACAUGUACACUCGCUUGCUGAGGGACGGUAUGGUCCCUGAUAACUACACGCUCCCUUAUGUCCUCAAAGCCUGUGCUAACAUGGGAAGUGGCCUUCUAGGGGAGUUGAUUCACGGGCAUUGUUUGAAACUAGGUUUCAUGGCGGAUACUUUCGUGGGUAAUUGUUUGAUUGCUAUGUACUCGGCUAUUGGUGAUAUGAACGCGGCGAGGGUCGUGUUUGAUGGGGCGCCCUGGCGCGGCAUUGUGUCGUGGACUGUCUUGAUUUCCGGGUACGCCAAAGCAGGCGAUGUUGGGUCAGCUAGACUGAUGUUUGAUGAAGCGCCUGUAAAGGAUAGAGGAGUGUGGGGCUCUAUGAUAUCUGGGUAUGUGCAAAAUAGUUGUUUUAAGGAGGGGUUACAUAUGUUCCGGUUAAUGCAGUUGGCCGGCGUUGAGCCGGAUGAGGCCGUAUUCGCAAGCGUACUCUGUGCUUGUGCUAAUUUAGGUGCUCUAGAGACGGGGAUAUGGGUUCACGGAUACUUGGAUCGCUUCGAAUUCCCUCGGAGUGUUAAGUUGGGCACUGCUUUUAUAGACAUGUAUGCCAAAUGUGGGCGUUUGGAUUUAGCUGAGGAGGUGUUUGGGGAAAUGCCGGAAAGAGACACCGUUUGUUGGAAUGCUAUGAUUUCAGGGUGGGCAAUGCACGGAAAUGGAGAUCGUGCUCUGCAGAUGUUUUCGGAGAUGGAGAAGGGUGGAAUCAGACCCGACGAUAUUACAUUCAUCGCCAUUUUCACUGCUUGUGGUUAUUCUGGUAUGGCUUAUGAAGGUCUAAGGGUGUUUAGCAGUAUGUGUAAUGUGUACAAUAUUGAGCCCAAAACUGAACACUAUGGAUGUAUGAUUAACUUUCUUGGUCGAACUGGGCUCAUCGAAGAAGCUAAGGAAAUAAUUGGAAAAAUGCCAAAUAGAAGCUGCCCCUAUGAAGCAGCAGUAGUUUGGAGGUCACUGAUGAGUGCUUCUUGUAGUCACGGAGAUGUACAUUUGGCCGAGGUUGCAGCUGAAAAACUCCUGGAGUUGGAAUGCCAUAGCGGGGCGUACGUCUUGCUCUCAAAUCUAUAUUCAACUUCUGGUAAACAUGAUAAUGCGAGAAAAAUAAGGAAGAUGAUGAAGACCAGAGGGAUUGACAAGACACCUGGGUGUAGCUCGAUUGAGAUUAAUGGGAAUGGUAAAGAGUUUAUUGCCGGGGAGAAAACACACCCACAAAUGGGAGAUGUACAUGGAGUUUUGGAGUCGAUGAACAAGCAUUUGGAUGGUUCGGGGUGCCAUCUGAAUCUUGUUUCGACUUGAUGUGUUAAGUGUUCAAAAGAGAGAGUUGAAAUGUUCCUCCACCAGCUUACCUGAAUGUACUCCUUCCUCCGUCCUGACCACAACGACAACGUUUCAGUGUCUCAGACCAUAUGCUACCGAAACAUUUGAAAAAACAUCUCACAGUUUUGCCAGUGCAUUUGUUGUCACUUGUAUCAAUAAGCUGGUAGCAUUUUCUGCUAUUAAGAAAUUCUAUUGGUUUCGACGAA